CCAACUUGUUUGCUCGCCGGCGUUGUCGCAACUGCCACAUUACCACAUUAUCAACAUUACCAAUCCGCACUUCAGCCCACAACCUCUCUCAUCAUCGCCCUUGUCCAAAGACGCUUCAUCGCCAAUACACUCCGUGCGUCUUAAAGUUGUAUCCUACUUCUCUGGCUUGCAGGCUUACGCUCUCCAUCGCUGAUCCAGCGCAAAGCACCCCCGUGCGGACGUCUUGCUUGCUGGAUUGCGUGCAGCUCCUCCGACCGUAUAUACACACUUACCAUACGCGAGUUGGGAACAGCCUUGCGCACAGAGGCUUCCGCUUGCUUGUCGUCACCACCUAGACCCAGCAAAGACGUCCCGCCGCGCGCGAGUAAUCUUCUCGAAUUCUCCUUCGUUGAAUCUUUUCAAAUUCUUAACUUAAUUCAACAUGUCCGUCGAGCUCGAUCCGUCAGAGCUGCACUUCAAGCGACCGUUCAACCGGGAGGUAUCACAGAUCUUACGUCUGCACAACCCACAUUCGGAUCCUGUUGCUUUCAAAGUUAAAACCACUGCUCCGAAACAGUACUGCGUGAGACCGAAUUCGGGUCGCAUUGAGGCAGGCAGCGAUGUUGAAGUGCAAGUCCUCCUACAGGCCAUGAAGGAGGACCCUCCUCUGGACGCUAAAUGCCGCGACAAAUUCCUCGUCCAAACAGUCAUUAUUCCCGCAGAUCAGGAAGGAAGCGGGCAAGCCUUGUGGGCGAACAUUGAGCAAACGAACAAAUCUUCCAUCUCUGAAAAGAAAAUCCGUGUGCAAUUCCUGCCCGCAGACGCCUCGACACCCGCUCGGGCUGCCAACGGCAUCUCUUCCGCGCCUGCCGUAGAAAGCACUCCUGCAGGCACAUCCCCUGUCCCAGAGGCGGUAACUCCUCACACCACCACAACCACAUCGACUGCUCGCGAGGAGCCAGCAUCAAAAGUUGCGGCGGCGCUACCGCGCUCCAAGGAGGAAGCUGCGGAUCAGGUGGCGGAACUGAAGAACACGAUCGCGCAACUGACGGCGCAGCUGAAGGAGCAAGGAGAAUUGAGGCAGCGGAAGGUAGCCAACACCCUCGAGGAGAAGGGAUACCCGUCUGCAGCGCAGGCAGUUGCACAUCCGAACCAAGCGGCUGGCGUACCGCUGCAGUACGUAGCGCUGCUCUGUCUGUUGUCGUUCUUGGUCGCGUGGAUCUUCUUUUAGACCGAUUUGUGCUUUGCGCUGCGUUAGGAAAGUCAGGUUGAAGUUUACGGAGCACGCGUCGAAUGACCAAGAGGACGGAGGGAUGUGGGGACGUCGCUGACUAGAUAUUUGAAAAUCACUAUUCGGAAGAGGGAAAAGAUGAGACACGAAGUCAUCCGUGAGAUACUAUCGCAGGCUCGAGGGCAAGCUUCGAUUGGCCUUGUCUUGUCGGAGGAAGAAGCGAUGUAUACACCACGCAGACAUAUGGUUGCUGCCAUGGAUCUCUCUCUGUAAAACCUUUGCGGGAGUUAAUUUUUUUUUCUUUUUUUUUUUUCAUAUGGAAGGCUGCUCUGGAUCUCUGGAGGUUUCUCUAUUUCAUACUAUCUUGAUGAUCCUCUUAAGGUCGCUGCUGUACACACCAAAGGGGGGAAUGCCUCCCCUACAUAGGCGAACCGAAGCGGCCCUCCUAUUCAUGACGGUGCAGUCAGUGGUGGUCAGGUCCCUCGGCCCCCAUUUCUUCAGAUAGUUUUUUUUCCCGCCCCCUUCUAUAUGUAGCAACACCAUUUUCAGAUUUCAGAAAACA